UUUGCUUGCUUUCCUUCCAACCGUUUUUCAUCUCGUGCAUGGAUUCGUCUAAGCUGAAAAGACAAUCAGAGUGAUGUGAUUUCUCUCAGCGCUCCGCCAGCAAACAGACAAAGCCAGAAUAGUGCCGACGGUCCGAGUCACAGUGUAAGAAUGAGGGCCACAGAUGCUCACCGAUGGCCCGAGUGUGUCAGACCAGUGUGUUAGUGACACAAGUGACUAACCUUUUUCAAUUGUUUACCAGACACAUUUUCCCCAAAAUACACAAACCUUACAUUUAUUUACAUGAAUAACUCUUUACAUACUGCCCAAACCUCUUGAAAUUAGUUCUGGGAGUCAUGAAUGGAGGAAGCUAAGCUGCAUUCUUCAUUAUUUCUCAUGAAAUAAUGAAUAAUGAAUAAUUCUAAAUAUCUUUUAGUUUCGCAAAAGAAAUCUUACCGGCCCUAAUUUGAGCUCAAAAACCUUCGUCGAGUCCAGCAACUCCGUCUAAACUUGCAGGAUCCUCUGACUUCUCAGAAGACCUUUUCACCCCAUCAGUUCAGCCAAAAAACCAGAAACAACAACCGGACCGGGUCCAGGAUGAUCCAAAACAAAGGCGUGUGAGGUUGUUCAACCUCUUUAAGCCUCUUACAGUGGCUGUAAUUCGGUCUGCAGCGCUGCCGUUGGCUCUGAUCAUGAUGAUUUAAUCCCUCAGUGGAAAAGGUUAGGUCGUCUUUGGAUUUUACAGGAUUGUCACCCUGCCAGUUAAACAGUAACAAAGACCAAUAAAAAAAUUGGAAGGCAUGGACAAGCUUCUUUUACCAAGCGGCGAGGAGGAGGAGCGCUCCGAACACAGUUCGUAUGCUCCGGGAGAAGCAAAGAGGACGAUGUUGGACCGGGUGAAGACUCUCUUCCAGGGGACGUGGAACCUGAGGAGUAACUUGAAGGGUUUCUUGAAGAGGAACGGGCUGCUGACGCUGUCCAUCAUCUCCGUGAUCACCGGCUGCACGCUGGGCUUCACGCUGAGGGGAACUCAUCUGUCCACACAGGCAAAGAUCUACUUCUCCUUUCCCGGAGAGCUGCUGAUGAGGAUGCUGAAGAUGCUCAUCCUUCCUCUCAUCACAUCCAGUUUGAUGUCGGGUCUGUCGUCGAUGGAGUCGAAAGCGUGCUGUCGGAUUGGCGUCCUGACCGUCACCUACUACCUGUGGACCACCUUCAUCGCCGUGGUGGUCGGCAUCGUGCUCGUCCUCAUCAUCAAACCCGGCGUGGGGACGGAGAUGGAGAGCAACCGGCUGGGAGGGGGGCCCGUCAUGACCUCGGCCGACGCCCUGCUUGACCUCAUCAGAAACAUGGUUCCCUCUAAUCUGAUCGAGGCCACGUUUCAGCAGUACAAAACGGACCUGAUUCCCAUCCUCAAAGUCCAGGCCAGAACCGUCCAGCCCAACUUUGUCUACGUCUUCCCUGACGAGAGCGACCCGAAAGGUCGGACGGUGUACCUGGAGCUGACUCCGCCUCCGGAUGUCACGUACAAGACGAGUCCCGGCAGCAGCCAACAGAUGAACGUCCUUGGCAUCGUCAUCUUCUCCGCCACCAUGGGCCUGUUGCUGGGCAGGAUGGGAGAGCGAGGAGCUCCCCUGAUCAGUGUGUGCCAGUGUAUCAACGAGUGCGUCAUGAAGAUCAUCAACGCUGCUGUCUGGUACUUUCCGUUUGGGAUCAUCUUCCUGGUAGCGGGGAAGAUCCUGGACAUGCAGGACCCGAGCACGCUGGGAAAGAAGCUGGGCUGGUACGGCAUCACCGUGCUCGCUGGCCUCUUUGUCCACGGACUCAUCCUCCUCCCUUUCUUCUACUUUGUCCUCACCAAGAAGAAUCCCUUCACCUACAUCCGUGGGCUGCUGCAGGCCAUGGUGAUCGCCCUGGCUACCUCUUCCAGCUCUGCCACGCUGCCCAUCACCAUGAAGUGUUUGUUGGAAAACUGCAAUGUUGACCGGCAGAUCGCCCGCUUCGUCCUCCCCGUGGGUGCCACCAUCAACAUGGACGGCACAGCGCUGUACGAGGCUGUGGCGGCCAUUUUCAUUGCUCAGGUUAAUGACUAUGAGCUGGACUUCGGCCAGUUGGUCACCAUCAGCAUCACGGCUACAGCUGCCAGCAUCGGUGCGGCGGGUAUCCCUCAGGCCGGUCUGGUUACCAUGGUGAUCGUGCUGACAUCAGUGGGCCUGCCGCCAGAUGACAUCACACUUAUCGUGGCCAUCGACUGGAUCCUGUAAGUUUACAGUACUCAUUUUGUAGAAAUGUCUCUUUCUGUGCAGUUUAGUAUUUAUUCACAUUUAGUGAAGAUCUAUUAAUGUUAUCAAAUCAAUGACUAAAUUGGAAACGAAAACUGUUCCCCUUUGCAUUUUUCAAUUUUUUGAGCCAGGGCAGCAAGGACAUCACAUAAAACAAUGAUUUUCAGUCCACUGUAUGAAAUAGUUAGUUUAAGGAUGAUCUCAUUUUUAACAACUAUCAGUGAAAUAAAUAUAAGAUGUUUAUUUUCAAAAAAUAAUGUAUUGGUAUUUACAUCUGAGAGGUGCAGUUUUUUGCCUGCCCGAAAUCAGCUGGGGCAGUGCGGGGGUC